AUGAGUGUGCGCAUGCUGAGUGAGCGUCUGCGCAAAUCUGGUUUUUUAAAGAUCGAGCAGAAGGUGUCCCUUGAAAGUCUCACCAAGCUGAAAUUGGCAUUUGAGGAUGAGUUCUGCACGUACAUGCAGCUGGAGUACACAGAAAAAGAGGAGUCGGUGGUCCGAGGUAAGCAAGCAGCCUUCACGCUGCCAGCCAGCACAAAGCCUCUGACACAUGGCGAGCCAAUUCUGAGGAUCCAUCCGACCCCUGAUGGAGCCGUAGUGACUGUGAGAGAAGAUGGGACAGUCAACUACUGGAGCUCCAAACUUCAGCUGAGGAAGAACAAAAGUGUGUUUUAUGAACGUCCCAUUGGACGGACACCAAAGUGGGCCACGGAUUUUAUCACAAUGCCGCAGUACAACAAGCUGAUCAUUGCAACAGGGGACAGAGAAAUCCAGCUGUAUGAACUUUCUUCACUCGAACCUUACUGUCAGAUAAACUCCCUGGAAACCAUUCCUCUGAAAUUAGACUACUGCCAUACUGGCCCUGAUGAAUGUGCUAUCAUAUACGGGGAUAGUCAGGGCUGUGUGAAUAUCAUACUAAUGACAUCUGUGGGGGAGACACUGAGGAUGUGGAAGAAAUUGAUGAAGGUUGAAAAUAUGCCCAGUAUUGGCAUUGAUUAUGCAGCCCAGUCUCCAAAUGUAACGUAUAUUAGAUGGAAAGUCCAUCAAGACUGGGUAAAUGAGCUGAAAUACAUAAAAAACAUUCCUGCCAUUGUAUCCACGUCAAACCAUGAAGCCUCCGCUCUCGUUAUUGGUUGCAUUCGACCAUCCAUCAAUGUUGAACAGCAGUUAAAGGAGAUUAAGGAGAUGUGUGAGGGUAAACCCAAAAAAGUGUCACUUAGCAUCAGCAGCCCUCAAUCAAGAGCACCCUGUGACCAGACCAUCUUUUCCAUAUAUAAAGGAGUAAAGACUUUUGACCUGUGCAAGAGGCACAAUCUCCUGGUUACAGGCGGGAUGGACAGAAUAAUACGCAUGUGGAAUCCUCAUUUUCCAGGGAGGCCCACAGGCAAUCUGAAAGGUCAUACUGCUCCCAUCUUCUAUCUCUGUAUCUCCUCAGAGGACAGCCGCAUUUUCUCCGUCUCCACAGACAGCACUGCCAAGAUAUGGGACAUCCAAGAUCAGUGCUGUCUGUUUGAUGCCCACCCAAAAGCGAGCUGUCUGCAUGGAGAGCUGUCGGCCUGCCUGUACUCCUCUGCAGUGAAGAGCCUUUAUCUAGCCACUGAUUCACUCUCCUUCCUCUCCCUCAAAACCAAAUCACAGCCUGAAGGCAGCCGUAUCAUUUCCCAUAAGGAGGCAGUACUCUGCUGCGGAUACAGUCAGGAGUUUCGGCAGGUGGUGAGCUGCACUGAAGCAUCAAUCAUUAAAGUCUGGGAUGUGGACACAGGAAGUCAGCUCUUUGAGUUUGGAGGCGCUCAUGGAGUCUCUGCCAUAACCUGCAUGGCGUUUGAUCCAAAAGGAAGAAGACUUGUAACAGGUGGCAGAGAUGGCUGUCUUAAAAUCUGGAACUUCCACAAUGGCCACUGCCUGAAGAUAUUGAGACGAGAGGAUGAAAGCACUGAGAUCUGCGACUGUUCCUAUCUGCAAAUGCACAGGAACACAUUUGUGAUGUCGGUUGGCUGGGGUCGAAGGAUUGACGUUUACUUAGACAUACUGGAUGACACGCAUCAUGUUCAUAGGCCACAACCCUCAUGGCAUGAAGAUCUGAAAAAGGGACACAAAGAGGACAUUUUGUGUAUAGCCCAGUGUUCUCCCUCUCUGAUUGCUACUGGCAGCUAUGACGGAGAAAUCAUUGUGUGGAAUGUGGUGUCUGGACACAUCCUGUGCCGCUUUCUUACACCUCUGCCUCCACACACAGACCACGCUCAAGUUGUGAACAGAAGUGUGCUGAGUCUCGUCUUCUUAAAGACCCGGGCAUUAGAUGCUGACUUCAGUUCAGCUGCAUCUCUUGUGUCCUCUGGGGCUGAAGGUUUUGUUCAUUUCUGGAACGUGUUGAAUGGGGGGAAAUUUUUUACAUCUUUUAAGGCGUCUAGACACCAGAAGCAGGUCACAAAAUUGGUUGUCACACAGGAUGACCAUCUCCUCUUCGCUGCUGAUCAUGUCGGCUAUGUCUGUGUUUACGAGAUUAAGGAGUGUGCCAUCACCCACGAACAAAAGCCUCCAAAAACCAUGAACUUUUGGCGCGCACACAUUAGCAGCAUCACAGGCUUGCACAUCAUCGAGAAUGACCAAGUUCUGCUCACUUCCUCUCUGGACUGCACUGUGCGCUUAUGGAGCAUCCAUGGGGAGUUUAUAGGAACCUUUGGGCAGCCUGAGCAAUGGAGCCUCCAUACUACAUCAUCAUGGCAGCACCCUGCUGUUCCCUAUGAGGUUCUUGUAGAUCCGCUGAGCAUGCCUGCACACACCAUGCUCAAUAGCAAGACGACUCCAUUAGAUAAUCUCAGCUCUGCAAAAUCUGAGGAAACAAGCAGUGAGUUGGAUUCUCCCACCAAAAUCAAAUCCCCAUUGCCAAGCUCCAGUGACCAAGACAUCAGGGAAGCGAUUAACAUCUCCUUUUAUCCUGAAUGUGGGAAGCGCUGGCUUUGCAGACUGCGACAUGAAAUAUUCAAGCACUCUAACAAGCCCUUGAACCACGGGGGCCUUAAGGCCUACCACAAUCUGAGGUAUUUCGAGGUUGUUAAUGUCCCCACUACAUGUGAGAAGCCAGACCUCUCACUCGCAGGGAUCGACCCCUUCAGAAGCAGCUCAGUGGAUGAGAAGACCGCAGGAGAUUCAAGACAGCUCGUGAAACAAUGAGAUUACAACAUGAAUUAUUCUAAAGGACACAUGAGAACAUGGAAAACUCCACAUAGACACUACUUAUAACCUGAGCUCAGGAACUAAGCAGAACGCUGGAGCUGUGAGGCGCAAUGCUAAUCCCAAAUGAAUGAUGUUUUUAAAGCUACUUUAAAAAGUACACACACCCUCAGU